AUGCUGAAUGGCGUUGAUGUUAAAGUGAAACUUCAUCGAAGUAAAAAUCCAUUCUGCUUAAUGUCCUCUACUCAAGUUGGAUACAAGGUUCACGUGGAAGAUGCUUCUAUAUUAGUACGUAAAGUUAAAGUUAACCCCUCUAUAGCUAUUGCGCACGCAAAGGCACUGGAACACGGUACAGCAAAAUACCCUGUUAGAAGAGUAGAAGUGAAGACGCUUACGAUACCAACAGGAAAUUUAUCAUUUACGAGAGAGUCUCUAUUCAACGGCAUUCAACCUUCUCGUUUGAUUGUGGGUCUAGUUUCUACCGAAGCAUUUAAUGGCUCUUAUCAGCUUAACCCGUUUAAUUUUCAUCAUUACGAAACAAACUUUGUAGCGUUGCACUUGGACGGAGAAACUCAUCCGUGGAUUCAGCCAGUUUUCGGACAGGAUGGAGCGGAUGAUAGCUAUAUGUUAGUUUACCAUACACUAUUUACUGGUUUAAACGAUCUUUUCGAGAACAAGGGACACCUCAUUAACAGAGAAGAUUUCGCUCACGGUUACACGUUAUUUGCUUUUGACCUAUCCCCAGACCUCUCAUCUAACAAGGCUCACUUUAACCUCGUCCGUCAAGGAAAUCUUAGAUUAGAAAUAAAAUUUGCCCAACCGUUACCACAUACUGUGAAUGUAAUAGUUUAUGCUGAAUUUGAGAAUAUUAUAGAAAUUGAUAAAUCGAGAAACGUGCUAAUAGAUUAUUAA